AUGCCUUCCAUUAAGUUGCAGAGUUCUGAUGGAGAGAUAUUUGAAGUUGAUGUGGAAAUUGCCAAACAGUCUGUGAUUAUCAAGAUGAUGUUGGAAUAUUUGGGAAUGGAUGAUGAUGGAGAUGAUGACCCAGUUCCUCUACUAAAUGUUAAUGCAGCAAUAUUAAAAAAAGGUCGUUCAGUGGUGCCCCACCACAGGGAUGACCCUCCUCCUCCUGAGGAUGAUGAGAACAAAGAAAAGCGAACAAAUAUCCCUGUUUGGGACCAAGAAUUCUUGAAAGUUGACCAAGGAACACUUUUUGAACUUAUUCUGGCUGCAAACUACUUAGACAUCAAAUGUUUUCUUGAUGUUACGUGCAAUUCUGUUGCCAAUAUCAUCAAGGGGAAAACUCCUGAAGAGAUUCGCAAGACCUUCAAUAUCAAAAAUGAUUUUACUGAAGAGGAGGAAGUCCUGGUAUGCAAAGAGAACCAGUGGUGUGAAGAGAAGUGA